AUGUACUCUCCUCCAAAAUCAUCUCUGGUCAUACGUUUACAGGAGGAGACCGGCGAUCGGCGGCGCAGCAUAGGGAUGGGGAGUUCCCGGAGCAAGCCGGUGCGGGAGCAGCAGCCGGCGGCACCGCCAAAGCCGAAGCAGAUGCCGGAGCCGGAGACGGAGCCGGAGCCGACGCCGACGCCAAGGCCGAAGAAGAAGCAUGACCCGAAGGUGGAGGUGCCGCCCCUCAUCGACCCCCCGCCCAACGCCGCCCGCACCAGGAUGCUCGUGCCAGGGUACGAUCUGUGGUUCGGGAAGCCCUCACUGCGCGCCCUGUUCGACGACUACUUCAAUCAAGCUGGGAGCGUAAACGCAGGGGUCAUGCUCAAGAUGGUGGAGGAUCCUCAUGUCAAUCUGACCGCAGCUGCGUCACCAGCUGGCGGGGAGGCUCAGCUUCGAUGGCAGAGUGAUUUGGAUAAUCCAGAUACCUUUGUGCACUUUCUUGUGUCAACGCCGAAAUCCACUUUGAAGCUCAGAUCGAGUGCACAUUCUCCUAAAUAUGGUAUUGGUGCCUUUUAUGCAAUGCCUUUGCAUUUUGGAAACAGCACUUGUUCAGAAGACAGUGGUGUCAUGGGUUUGAGAUAUGAUUCGAAGAAUCUAUCACUGGGGGCAUCUUUUGUGCCAUCUCUCUUAUCUGGUGGGGUACCCUCUGUCUGUGUGGUACCCUAUGGUGCAUGGUUGGUUGGGAGAAUAGGUGGAUUGAGUGCAGGAGCUCAAUGCAAGCCGCUUAGUACUGCUGGAAACAAGUCUUUUCCUUUUGAGGACUUGAAGAACUGGGAUUGCGGAAUCAGUUAUGGUGUGGGUUCAGAUAGUCCACUCAGCCCUUCACUCAAUUUCUCUCUAGAGCUUCUCAGAAGCACACAGCUGGUCGCGUCAUUCUAUCAGCACCAGGUUGUCCAAAGGCAGGUGAGACGAGAUAUGUUCUAUAUUAUCUCAACCAAAAUUACAAACUACAUAGAUUUUGGGCUUGAGCUAGCCACAAGGGUGGGUAAGGACGAACCAACAGAUGAUGCCGACAAUUCCUCGUUUCAGAUAGCUGCAAACUGGCAGGCUAAUAAGAACUUACUACUAAAGGGAAAGUUAGGUCCCUCAAAAUCUUCUUUAGCUUUGGCAUUCAAGUCUUGGUGGAAACCCUCGUUUACAUUCAGCUUCACAGCUGCAAAUGAUCAUUCGAAAGGUACUACCGCGUACGGAUUCGGAAUCCAUGUCGACGAUCUAAGAGAGCAAGUUUCCGGAACCCAGCUCCAGUAGAAGGAUUAUACCAUUGUUUGUGUCACGGGGCGACACGACGAACUACAACUUACAUGUGCGGCUGUGACACAAAUCAAGGAGGACCGAACUGAAGACUAAUAGUUUGCGGAAGCACAUGAAGAAGCUUUAGAACAGACAUUACAUUGAUUCAGGGAACUGUAACCACUCAGGAAGACCGUUAGAGCUGGCCUGUUGACAGAAAACAUUGUGUUUAAUUAGCUUGUAGUAGCGUGGAAUCUAGUCUUCAUCUCUACGUAGCACUGUAUUUCCUAAGUCUUUGCUGUGUAUUUGAAACAUUUGAUAUUCUGGAUUUUCAA